AUGAGAGCAGAAUUACUCUAUAUAGCAGAAUGCAAUAAUUUCGAAAGUGACCUUCAUAUACUAACGGGAAUUGUUGAUGAAAAAAUGAAAAGAAACGAUAUUGUUAAAAAAUAUUGUGAUUUAACAAAAAAUUAUACGAAAAUAAGAGAUAAGAGAGAAAGUAAAGGACUUACAAGGAGUGAAAAUAAGCUUGAACAUUAUUUUAAAAUACUAAACUUGGAUUGGUUAAAUGAUCAGCAACGAGAAUAUCUCAAAAAUAUGCCGUCUAAAGGAAUACGUGAAGCAUUGCGAGAUGCGGUAGUAAACUGGUUUAAUCAUUUACAUCCUGCUGCAAAAGAGCUAGCCACAGAUCUUUUCAAAGGUGGAUGUAAUAAACUUUUAAGAAUAAGACAGGAGGGAUGUGGUUAUUUUGGGCUGUUAGACACACAAAAAAUAAACGAGCUCAAAAACUACGAUGACUUGACAACUUAUAACGAAAUUAAUGAAUUAAUAAAUCCUCUAAGAGAAAAAUUGGAACUCAGAAAAAUUGCUAAUGAUUAUAAUCAGACUUGCAGAGAACUUUUUGGUAUUGGAGAGGAGGAAGGAUGUGGAUAUUUUGGCUCAUUAGACACUCAAAAAAUAAACGAGCUCAAAAACUACGAUGACUUGACAACGUAUAACAAAAUUAAUGAAUUAAUAAAUCCUCUAAGAGAAAAAUUGGAACUUAGAGAAAUAGCUACCGAUUAUAAUCAGACUUGUAAGGAACUCUUUGGUAUUGGAGAGGAGGAAGAAUGGAGGGGAGGUAGAAGGAAAAGACGUUCUCAUAACAAGAGAAGUAACUUGAGAGUUGAACGUGAAACAGAAGAUUUAGUACAAGAGGUCGACGAUGAUUAUAUCUUGAGUGUGAUUGAUGGCGAAGUAACCAUUAAUAAACGAAUUCAACGGCCCGAUGGACAAGGAGCAGAAUUAAAAGACACCAGAACCUCAUUAGAAGGAAUUCCAUCAAGAAAACGAAGACACCUCAGUAGUAAUGAAGACGAAUUUAAAAAACGAAAAAUGAGGGAAAGUUUGGAAACAAUUUUGGAAAUACAUUCAUUUUGGUUAACUAAUAGACAGGAGGAAGAAUUAAGAGAGGAUUUGAAAAAUGGAAAAUCAUUGGAUGGGGAAAUAUAUGAAAAAGUUUAUUUAUGGCUUCUUAGCUUGGAAUUAACUGAAAUGAAAGAGGCAGCUUCUGAUGUCUUUAAAAGAUGUAAUGGCUUUUCGUUAGAGGUAAUCGAGGUUACGGUUUUACAAAGAGAAAAUCACUUAACCAAAGGGGAAAUCCUUUAA